GGCUAGAAAAGAUGUUAGGAAAUCUCAUUUUGAUGUAAUCGAAAAAGUAAUUUCGCAGCACACGGUACAUAUCCUGGAAUUCGUCUUUGUGUUUCCUAACCGCCAAGAAACAUACUGUUAGGUAUCGGUCACUUGACAUGGAUCGGUGGUUGCAUUCAAUCUCACGACAAGGUGUUCAGCAAAUGUACCUCCAUUUUGGGCACCACGAAUACAUACUUCCAGAUUGCAUAUUUUCGUGCUCAACACUCAGUAGAUUGCAUCUGCUAUGGCUUUGUGUUACCCCAAACGGCUCCUUUACACCAUCCAGUUUACCGAAUGUUACGUCAUUUCAUUUUGAACACGUUGAUUUUGGUUCUAGAAAGUAUUCUUUUCACCCUGUUGAUGUUCCUAGGCUGGAGAAUCUCUCAUUUAUUGCUUGUGAAUACAUUUUCAACUGCGACAUUACUCUUAAGAAUCUUCGCAGUUUGAAAAUUAAGGGAUGUUUUACUUCUCUUAGUAGCCAGCAACUAUGCGAUUUUUCUGCCUUUAUCUUUGACGUGACGUCUGUUUGCUAUCUCGAGCUGGACAAUGUGAGUUGUCUCUAUGUACUUUAGCUUGACAUUUACUUUUUGACCACUAUAUUUAUGGUAUAUAACUCUACAUUUGAUGUGAUCUAACUUUACUUCCAUGAUUUCGUAGUUGGACCUGGGGAAUUAUGCUAUAAGGAGGCUUUUGCAAGAGCUGCCCUCACUUAAUGUUGAACUGCUCAAGCUAUGAGAUUUUCAUUACCUUCCCGGUGUCACUUUUUCUGCAUAUGCUUGCCUGCUGUGCAAAUGCCCAAAGUUGAGAAAAAUUGAUAUUGGAUUGAAAUGUGGUUGGAAAUGGGAUGCUAAAAGGUUUUUAGAUGAAACGUCGAAGUAUCUGAUUGAGUUUCGCGGAGCAUUAAUGGGAUUGGGAGCGUCUCUUGUUCUGAAGUUGACGGGUUUUGCAGGAUUGAAACUGCAAAUGGCUUUCAUCAAGGAUGUACCUGCACUGGUACCAACUCUUGUGAAGCUCAAUAUCAUACACUAUCCCGUGAGAUUUGACUGGGAAAAUGGCCAUGAGAUUAGGGAUAGAAUUUCAAAGUUUUUCUGCGCAUAUGCAAACCCAGAAAUUGUGUACAAGUGAGUUUUACAUGAUGGGUUUUGAGACAUUCUAUGAUAUGCAAGAGACAAAUAUUGCCACGUUUAAAGAUGUUUUGCUUAUUGGGGUCGGGUUCUAAUCUGAAUCUCAAUUACUUAUUCAUUGAUUCAUAUUCUUUAUUGUGUUGGGAAAUUCAUUAACCCAAUUAUUCAUUGCAAGUCUUAAACAAACUCUCUCUUCUUUUCAUUUUUUAAACAAAUUUUUGUUGUUGUU